AUGCUGCAUGUCCAAUUCCAACAGCAGGCGGACUUAGGUAUCUUUCAAGAGGUUUAUAUUACUAAAGAAGGUCUUCCAGUUGGCUCAACUUCACACAACAAAAUUUUUCUUUCCCAUAACAAGCUAGCUAUGAUCGUCUAUAACGGUGCAAUGAAUCCCAUGGUCUGGAGAACGACAAACCACACAAUUGCCAUCAUUCUGGACUCAAUAGAGGGAAGCCUCAUGGUCAUUUCAUGCUACUUUCCCCCUAGUCUCAGUAUCAACGACCUCCUAACUGAACUUGACUUCUUACACCAUACUCCUCUAACCCACAUCCUGAUCUGCGGGGAUUUUAACGCUGCUAACCGCCUUUGGGGCUCACCAACAGACAGUCCUCGCUCCUUUCCUGUCAUAGAUUUCAUAAGUUCUCAUGGAUUGGUCAUCCUCAAUAAAAGCGACUCCCCUCCCACCUUUGACACAAUACGUGCCAGAGGCUGGCCUGAUCUCUCUUUGGCAACACCACAGCUAUCCUCACAUAUUGCAGCCUGGACAGUAGCAGACUUCCCUUCUCUUAGUGACCAUCAAGCUAUCAUGUUUAACUUGCAAUCCCCACGCAGCAUUGUAAUUAAACAAAGAUUUAAGACGGCAUAUGGUGGGACACAAAAACUGGAACAACACCUUUCUCCCUUCAUCCCCUCUAUUAAAACAGCACUUCAGAAUAGCACGACCAGAGCAGCUCUAGACAAAGCCUAUGACCAAUUAAUUGACCAAUGCACUGAUGCCUGCCGCAAGACUUUCAAGACAAAAAAAAUUAAAAUUCGGACAUCAGCCUCAUGGUGGACACCCCAAUUGUCACAGGAACGGAGCAAACUCAGAAAACUGAGACGGCAAGCUCAAUCCACACAGGAGCCAAUGGUUCGCAGGACACUCUUCGCCCGUUACAAAAUACAACAAGCGCAAUAUAAGCGACAGAUCUCUAUAGCCAAGCAAGACUCCUGGCACCGUUGA